AUGCCCCCUGAGUCGGAUGAGCUGGAUUCACUCGGUUUGAAGUGCAUUCCUGGUCGUACAGUUUUACGAAUGCCGUCCAACAGUAAAACUGUAACUGUUGAUGGUAAUGAUGAUGAUAAUGAUCCUGACGACUACAAUCGGCUCAGGAAGCAAAAGCAAAGGCCUGGCGAUGCUGAUUUAAUAAGAGAACUGGCUAAUAACAUACUAACAUCAGAGAAAUGUAAAAUUUGCAUCUGUUCUGCGGAAGGCAAAGACGAAUAUUGUAGCGAACGUGCCGCCAAUACCGUGAAUGAGUGCAUCAGAUUGGCUACCAUCAACGCAGAAUUUGAAAAUGGUGGUUUACCGUUUGAUCAUACCAGAGACUUAUCUCAGAGGAUAAGGAGAGAUUUGAUUUGGCACAAAGACGAGAUACCAUACGUGCACAACGCCAAAUGCCGCAGAGGCAUGUCGUACUACUCGAACGACCCUUCCGCUAACGACACCGACCUCGACGUCCAAGAUGCUACGGGGAGUUUGCUCACAUACAGCGAUAAGACAAUCUGCUUCUUCUGCGUCUGUUCCACCUCGGGCAGUGGCGUCGGCUGCAUCAGUCGCAGCCCCUACUUCUGCGAUUACUACAGAUUCCUUAACCGAGAUUCUUCCAGCACUAUGAGAGAUGUCUACACUUCCAUGUUCCAACAAGACCGGCCGUCUUAUUUCCGAACGCUCGCGUACAGGGUUAGAAGGACGAUGGAUGACGGGAUGUAUGCGCUGAUUUUAAACGUUGGGCCCUCCGUUGAUGGCCCUUGCGUGCCCUAUGUGUCGGAAUACACAGAUUGCAAUGAUGGAAACCAAUGUACCGGCUGCACUCGUUGUUCCUGCUCCUCCGAUGGAACCUGGAUGUGCAGCAAGGUCCAUGAAUGUCCACGAGAGCAGGCCCCUAUUGACGAAAAGGUCUUGAACAGCGCAUUCAACACUAUCCUUUACGAAUACUCAACAAAGAAAACUGUUGAGAAGUCGGAUGAACCAGCUGCAAAGUCCAAAAAUGAUGAUCUUGUUUUAGGUGAGCAUGAUUAA